AUGGCUUCCACUCAGUAUGCUGACGGACGUCAAGAAAAACGCGUCGAGAACUAUACCAAGUUCUGGCAAAAGGAUCUUGGCAAGGAGGGUGAGGUGGACAAUCAAAACCGUGUUGAGAGCUACACCGACGUUGUAAAUGGUUACUACGACGGGGCGACGGAGCUGUAUGAGUAUGGCUGGGCACAGUCCUUCCACUUCUCGCGAUUCUACAAAGGAGAGGCUUUCGCAGCAUCCUUGGCCCGUCAUGAGCACUACCUCGCAGCCCAAAUGUCGCUUCGCCCCGGUAUGCGCGUACUGGAUGUUGGAUGCGGUGUCGGUGGUCCCGCACGCGAGAUAGCUCGGUUUUCCGACGUCAACAUCGUUGGCUUGAACAACAACGAUUUUCAGAUUCAGCGUGCUCGGAAGUACACUAAGAGGGCUGGUCUUGAGGAUCAAGUAAGUUUCGCCAAGGGUGAUUUUAUGAAGCUGUCGGAACAGUUUGGCGAGAACUCAUUCGAUGCUGUGUACGCCAUUGAAGCCACUGUCCAUGCACCUACGUGGGAAAGGAGUGUUCUGAAGCCUGGAGGAGUGUUCGGCGUCUAUGAGUGGUGCAUGACUGACACUUGGGAUCCAUCAAUUCCUGCACAUAAGGAACUUGCGCAUGCUAUUGAGUUUGGCAAUGGUAUCCCAGAGAUGCGUCACUUGAAGAAAGCCCGCGAAGCCAUGGUCAACGUCGGCUUCACGAUUGAACAUGAAGAGGAUCUGGCUGAACGCCCUGACGAAGUUCCAUGGUAUUACCCACUUGAAGGCGAUAUCUCGAAGGCCCAGACUGCCUGGGAUUACUUUACCGUCUGGCGAAUGAGCUGGAGCGGCAUGCUCGUUUCACACACCGCAAUCAAAUUCAUGGAGAUGCUUAAUCUUUUGCCCAAAGGCACUUAUGAUGUUGGCGAAUCCCUCAAGGUUGCUGCUAAUGCGCUUGUGAAAGGUGGCCAGACAAAGGUAAGUUGGAGCACCUUUCUGUAG